AUGGCCCGGGACACUGGACGGCCAAGAACAACAUCAAGCAAGAUGCCAUCACCCUCUGGGCGCCCCGUCCUCUACUCUGCGCCAAAUCUCGACAUCAAGUACACCGUCUGCCCCAAGUCGGCAGUCGCCAGCAACAUCACCAACACCUACACCAUCGACAUCAACCGCCUACGCGAUCUUCACGGCGACAAGUGGUUCGACCACCUUCUCUACCAGAUGGGCUGGAAAUUCGGCAACCCCAGUACCCACGACAUGACUAUACACGCUGGAGGAGGACCUUACUGCAACGGCACUCUCUGCGCCGCAGAUGUCGAGAUGAGCAAUGCCGCCACGCUUGACAAAUAUGUUUUCCACAUUCACUUCGCCAAGCGCCCCAGGCCGCCACCAGAGCCAGUGCGGCCUUACGCUUUCGAUGUCGAGGAGGACCUGGCGCCUGGCGCCGAGAGUGCCUCCUCUGGUCCGUCCCGCCGCGCCAACGACCGCGCUCCCAGCAACGGGCCAGGAGCAGGUUGA